AUGUCUCCAAAUCCAUUUUCUAAAACAAUUCCAUUUCGCCCAGGAAAUCCUACACACCUUCUGAAUUAUAUGAGUUUAGGUGAUGAUAGUGGAGCAGUUCUGUUAGAUGAACAAGCAUUGAGAAUUUUGAAAAAAAUUCAAGAGCCUAUUGCGGUUAUAACAGUUGUUGGCUCUUACCGAAGAGGCAAAUCAUAUUUUGCAAACACUCUUCUUGGGCGCCAUGAUGGAUUCAAACUUGGCUCAUCAGUAGAUGGGUGCACGAAAGGUAUCGAUAUUUGGGAUACUCCAUUUUACCAUAAGGACAAACGUGUAGUUGUUAUUGAUUGUGAGGGAAUUGAUGAUCCCAACCAGGAAGUUCCGUGGGCGAAUAAGCUUUUUAUACUAUGUUUGGCCAUCUCGUCAACACUAAUAUACAAUAUUAAUGGAAUUAUUGGAAGAGAUGAUAUCGAAAAGUUAUUCCUAAUGACAAAAAUUGUAUCUCUUAUUCAACCACCAAAUGAUCAUAAAUUUUUGCCAAAUUUGGUCGUUCUCCUUCGAGACUUCCAACUAGAUAGUCCACCUGACUUUGUGGAAUAUUUUCUUAACAGAUUAUCAAAAGUUAAUGAAGAUGCUGCGAAAGACAUUACAAAAUUUUUUAAAAAAUUCAACGUUUAUGGAAUUCCACACCCAGGCAUUCGACAAGAUGCAAUGAGAAACAUGAGUGAAGUUGAUACAGAUCAAUUGGAUCCAAGUUUUGUUGAAAAAAUUGAAGAAGCUGUAACAAAUAUUUUUGAUGACUUGCAUCCAAAAUAUCUUAAUGCUUCGCCAAUGACAGGAGUAGCAUUUGCUGAAUUUCUUGAGAGAUGCGUUGUACAAAUAAAUGAUCCAUCAAAUACUAUGUUAUCUAUUCCAAGCGCAUAUGAAGCUACUAUUAGUUAUGCUGCUCAAAAAGCAUAUGAAUCUUGCCUUGAACUUUAUAAUGAGAUGAUGGACCAUAUGAGCCUUGAGGGGUUUCCGAUUUCUUGGGAUAAGUUUGAAGAUGUUCAUAAUACUGCGUUUGAAGAAGCGCUUAAAAAUUUCAUUCAACAAAUCAUUGGAAGUGUUGACCAAAUUCAGACUUUUCAAAAAACGUUUCGUGAUAAAAUUACCGAUAUAAAAGAUCAAUUUUACAUGAAAAACUCUUCUGCCAUGAGAGAAUAUCAUGAAGGAUGGGCACAUAAACUCUGGAAAGAGCAUGUUGCGCAUGGGUUGGAAGUUGAAAAUCUUUUUGAUACAGACCAAUUUGAAGAAGCAAUUGCGUUGUUUGAACAAGCUUAUGAAACCAAAGUAAUGCCAGGGCAGGAAGCUAUACAAGUGCUAAACGAAUUUAAAACCAACCAAUAUAAAGAUGCCAUUAAACUCUUGAAUACCUAUGGUAUCUUGCGUGAAGAACGUGCAAAUGAAAUGUUGGCACGUCAAGAAGCUGAAAAGAAAUAUUAUGAAAUUUUACAGGAAGAAGAACAAUUAAAAGCGGAAAUAAAUAAUGUUAAGAUUGAAAAUGAAAAAGUUCAGAAUCAACUUGAAGAAAAAGUAAAGGGCAUGGAAGAAUGUCUUCGCAAUCAGGAACAACAGAUUAGAGAAGAUUGCCAGUCGAGAUUAAAUAAUAUGCAAGAUCAACUCAUUCGUACUCUCGAAAAGAAACCUAGCUUUUGGGAUUCAGUGAAAGAUCUUGUUGGAAGUGUUGCUGGAGCGAAUGUUUUGGAAAACUUUUUGUAA